AUGGAGGAUCAAAAUAUCAGCCGGAUCAUAGCAGCCUCUGCUGAGAUGCAGAACAAUCACUUAGAUGACAAGUUGGAUCCCUAUGUGGAUAGCUAUGACAUGGACUACGGCAUCCCUCUUGAUGAGAUCCCAGACACAACACAGGGUCAGGCCUUCUUUGUGGCCACCAUCGUCAUUGGCAUUGUCCUCGUGUGCAUCAUGCUAGUUUGUGGGCUGGGAAACUUCAUAUUCAUCGCCACGUUGACACGCUACAAAAAGCUGCGCAACCUCACCAACCUGCUCAUCGCAAAUCUGGCCAUCUCGGAUUUUAUUGUGGCGGUGGUGUGUUGCCCAUUCCUGGUGGACUACUAUGUAGUGAAACAGCUUUCCUGGGAUCAUGGAUUGAUAUUGUGCGCCUCUGUAAACUAUCUCCGCACAGUGUCACUUUAUGUGUCCACAAACGCACUGCUAGCCAUAGCAGUUGACAGGUACAUGGCUAUAGUCCAUCCUCUGCAACCUCGUAUGAAGUACCAAACUGCUUACUGCCUAAUAACAGGAGUCUGGAUUGUUCCCGUUCUGAUAUCAAUUCCAUCUGCCUACUUUGCAUCUGAGACCACGUACCCUCAUGGCGGCACCACCCCAAGUACUCACAAAGUUUUCUGUGCCCAGAUAUGGCCUGUGGACCAGCAGGCCUUCUAUCGGUCCUACUUCCUGUUUGUUUUUGCAGUAGAGUUUGUUGGGCCAGUAAUUGUCAUGGCAAUGUGUUAUGCUCGCAUCUCUCGUGAGCUGUGGUUCAAAAGCGUGCCAGGUUUCCAGACGGAGCAGAUAAGGAAAAGGUUGCGUUGUCGCCGAAAGACAGUUUUGGUCCUUAUCGCCAUUUUAACAGCAUACAUCCUGUGCUGGGCACCGUACUACGGCUUCACUAUUCUGCGAGAUUUCCAUCCAACACUUAUCUCCCGCCAGAGGAACUCACUGGUGGCUUUUUACAUUAUUGAGUGCAUUGCCAUGAGCAACAGCAUGAUCAAUACCUUCUGUUUUGUCAGUGUCAAGAAUAACACAGUUAAGUACCUGAAGAAAAUUGUACUUCUGCGCUGGAGGACAUCGUAUGUCCCAAGUAAAAAUGUGGAUGAAACUGAUAUAAGGACCUCCUCCAUGCCUGUAACAGAGGAAAUUGAAUGCAUUCACCUGAGGUGA